UUUUUCCCCAUUCCUCGUAUCCAGACUUUCCAAGGCUGAUACCCCGCCUGCUCAUUCGUCGCCGAAAAGAAAAUGGGUGCCAAAUUCGACGUGACUCCGGAAAAGCAGGCCAGCGUGCCUCGCUUUUUCUACAACCAGAUUACCGUGAAAGCCGCCCCAGUCAAGGGCGUCAGCUUGGCGGGCAAGACCGCCUUGGUGACCGGAUCAAACACAGGUGUCGGCUUGGAGACCAGUCGCCAACUCCUCGACCUGGGACUGAGCAAGCUCAUCUUGGCCGUGCGCAGUGAGGAGAAAGGCCAGACAGCAAAGAAGAAUUUAUCCGCUGGCCGCGAUCUCUCCGACGAUAGCAUCGAGGUCUGGAACCUGGAUCAGUCUGACUAUGACUCUGUCGUCACUUUUGCGGAGCGCACCAAGAGUCUCCCCCGCUUGGACAUCGCCGUGCUGAACAUCGGCAUCGCCAACGCGACGCGCGUAUUCAACGCCAAAACAGGUCACGAUGAAAUGAUUCAGGUCAACUAUCUCUCCACAGCUCUGCUGGCAAUCCUGCUGCUUCCGGUGGUUAAGGAGAAGUCCGCCGCACAGGGUGGUCCUAGCCGGAUUACCAUUGUUUCCUCGGAGGUCGCUGCGUGGACAGCCUUCAAGGAGAAGCAAAGCUUCCCACUGCUGGCGUCGCUCGACAAGAAGAACACUAAGGUAGACCCUCUGGAUCGGAUGAUGGUCUCCAAGCUGCUGGGACAGUUCUUCCUGUCACGUCUGGCCUCGAUUGUCCCGCCUUCUGUGGCGGUCAUCAAUGCCGUUUCGCCGGGCUCUGUUCACGACUCAGACUUCAACCGUGAGCACGAUAAGACUUUCUCCGGAGCCAUCGCGAAGGUCGCGAUGCGCCGAAUGGCGAACACUGCUGCUGUUGGAGCCCGGAUGGUCACAGACGCAGCUGUCAACCAUGGACAGGAGACGCAUGGCGAGUUCCUUUCCUUCCAGAAACUGGUGCCGUUGGCACCGAUUAUCUACAGCGCAGAGGGAAAGAAGAUCUCCGAACAGCUCUGGAAAGAGACUAGCGAAGAACUAGCCUUUGCGAAGGUGGAGGAGAUUCUCAAGGGCGUUUCGGAGUAGAUUUCAGCUUGAAGGAUUGGCUUUUUAACAUUUGAAGUUCAUUGGUGUGAUUGAAGAUAUGCAUCUAGUUUGAGAACGGCUAUCUCACAGAACGGGUAAUUACAUGAAUCAGUUGCUAAAUCAAUCCAU